AUGAAAGAAAAGACCAACUUUAGAUUUUCAUGUCCACAGCGAAAAGGCUUUUUCAAAAUAGAAGGUUUAGUAUUGCCUAGUACGAUACCUUAUUUAGAUAAAUUUUUAAGAAAUAUUGCUAAUGGAUAUUUCGAAUUUACUUUCAUGGUUCGGGGGAAACCAUUCGGCCAGAAGAAGUUGGUAUCAGUUAUGUCUAUCAAAAUUUAUGGUUCUAUUGAAAUUGUUGGUUGA